AUGCAGUGGUCAGGCUGGCCCGAGCGCCCAGCGGGAUGUCCCACCGGCGCAUGCUGCAUGCCGGACGAGCACGCGCUGGCAGAGGGAGGCGAGCACCAAGCUGCAGUGGCGCGAGUCCAUGUUGAGGAGGAGCGCCGGCAGGCAGAAGAGGAGGUCCACGGCGGCGAAGCGCCGACAGGCAUGACAGAGCGUGGAGGUGAGGAUGCGGAAGGUGUGGCAGCAUCGGGGCCACGUGCGGGCGUGCGGCGCGGUGCUGAGGAGCACCGAGGGCGACGCGGUAUAGCUAUGGAAGUACGGAGACGAGGAGGAGCAGAGUAG